AUGUAGAAUAAUUAAGGUAGUUAGAGUAUGCGUAUUCGUAUUGGCAAUGAUGGUAAGAGAUUUGAUUAAUUAGAAAGUAAGUAAUUUAUUGUUGAAUAGGUAGUCAAACCAAUUUCAAAUAUAGCUAAAUUUAAUUAAAUGUUAUAGGUAUGGAAAGAAUAUGAUAUACCUGAUUGUCAUUAAAAGUAUUACUAUAAUCUUUUAUUGGAACAUAAGGAAUAAGGUGAUGAUGAAUUAAUUAGAAUUGAAAUUGAGAGCAUUACGAAUAAUAAAAGUGUAGUUAGGACUUUACAUCAAUUGACCAUAGGUAGAGAGAGAUGUCUUAAGGAAAUAUCAAGAUUUAACAAAGGAAACUUUUCAGAUUUUUUGAAAAAAAUUUCAAAAUUUAUCUACGAUUUACGUAAACUGACCUUAAAUUUAAUUGAAUUCCAUAGGAAAUGGAGAAAUAGUUUAAAAUAGAGGUUUGAAUAAAACUAUGUUUGGGAAAUAAAAGAUCGUGAUUAUUUAUAUUAGAUAAAAGAGGAUCAUAAAAUUAUACAAAAUCAUCAUCCUAAGACAAAGGAUUAUUUUUAAUUAAAAGAUGAUGAUAUAUUCUAUUUAGGUGUAGUAUUAUAAGCAGAAAAGGAUUCGGAAUAACAUGAGUAUUUGAUUUAACAUAAGAUGGAUAAGAAAUAUAUAGAAAAGAUGAAAGAUCUUUAAGAAUAUUUUAAUAAAUAGAUAAGGGAUUAUAAACCUGUAAAUGUUGAUAGACAAUAUGAUUAGAAUUCAGAUGCAUAUCAUACAGGUUCACCAGGUUUUUCAAAUAGAAAUAAUAUAAAUAGUAUUAAUAUGACAGAUUUUGUAAGUGAAGUGAUAUAUAAGACAGAAGAAGUGUAGUUUAAUUUAGUUUAAUAUCCAUUUAAAGAUUUAUAAGGAAUAUUGUAAAAUUGGUCAUCAUAGAAUGUAUAAGAAUUGAAUGAAAGUUUUAAAUAUCCUAUAAGUCAUAUAAAAGAUUUAUUAAAAUAUUGGUAAGAAGCAGUUAUAUUAAGAAUUGAUAACAAUGGAUUGCUAAUAUGUUCAAUAGAUUAGGAAUUUAAUGAAAGAAGAUGGAUUCUACAUUAAAUAUAUUUGAAUAAAGUACCAAUGUGGUAAUAAAGAUUGAAUUGUGUAAUACAAAAUUUUAUAAAGUUAUUAAUAUAGAAAGGAGAUCCAUUUACAUCAUUGGCAGUAUGUUGUAGUAAUGAUUAAUCUAUUAAGAAAUUAUUGAGUGAUUUAAAAUUUACACUCUCUAAAAAAAUAACUUAUAAUGAAUUUAAUGUUGUAUUAUAUGAAUAGAAAGUUUAAAAUUUACAAGUAAAUUUGAACAGAUAAUAUUUUACUCCUUUGACUUUAAGGAUGCUUAGAAUAUAUGCAAAAUAAUUAGAGAGUACUCUUAUAACGAAUGAAGAAUUGUUAAUUGCUUAAUAUUGUGCAAAUUUAGGAAAAAACACAAUAAUAAAAUUUGAAAAGAAUAUAUUAGAUUUGUCUUCAUAAUUGAAUGUAAUAAAAUAAUUAAAAAUUAGAAAUAAAAAUUAUAUGGAUAAGAUUAUAUGUUGAUUCAGAAGCCAAAUGAUGUUAAAGUAAAAUAUCAAAUAGAAUUUAACACACCAAUAAAAUCGGCAGUUUAUUUUUAAUAAUUUAAUGUGAGAUUGAAUUUUAGAUUUUUUAGUAGUGAAAUAUAUCAAAAUAAUAAUUGGUCUUAUCUUAGACUUAUUUCGGUAAUAAAACAUAUUUAUUAAUAAUUUAGCAUCCAACUUUGAAUGAAUAAGAAGCAUCCAUUCUAUAAUUGAGUUCGUCAGAAAUUAUGAAUAGUACAAUUUAUUUAAUUUCAACAAUUGACCCUUUUAUAAAGAUGUAUUGAUUGUUAGAUCGAUCUUAGAUUUAUUUAGGAGGUAUAACCAAAUUAGAUUUCCAAAUAGAACAUCCAAUCUGUUAUUAAUCAAUCCUUUGAUAAAUUUGAUAAGAAAUAAGAAUGCUAAAAUCAUCUUUGGUUGCCUUAAUUUCAAUGUUGUGGAAAACAAAUGAAAUUAAGUGAUACCAAUAUUGAAGCAUACUUUCAAAAUGAUACUUAUUUAUCUGUCCAAUAUCCUAGAAAUGCAUCCUUACAUACAAACCAAUAUUUGAACAAUACCGAUAAAAUUAUAUAAACUCCUUUUCUUUUUGGAAUUGUUUAAACUGACCUUGAAAAAAUCAAUAAACCUCUAUUCUCUAUUCUUAUAAAUAAAGAACAUCUAAUUAAAACAUCUGAGAAAAUUACAAAUAAUAAAAACUCUUUACCAAAUUCAAUAUAAUUGAAGCCUCAAGAAAUUGAAUCUACUUUAAAAGAAUUAUUUUAAAAUACACCUUAAGAAAUUUUAAAAUCAUUUUGUUCAAAUCCUACUGUUCUUUCCUAUAAAUUAAAAUAUUCCCUAGAAUGCUCUAUAAUUAAAUUUAAUGUUGGUUAUGCUCUUGUUUAUGUAGAUGAAAAUCAUAUCUUGGAAAAGAGAUGGAUUAUUGAAUCUAUUAUGAUCAAUGAUUUAAAUAAUUUAUCUCAAUUGCUUUCUGAUUUAAUAUCAUAUCUAUUUACUAUUGAUAAUUAUGCUAAUGAAAUAUAAAUUAGUUAGGUAAGACAUCUUUCUAUUGUUUCUAGACUCAUUAUCAAGAAUAAGGAGAUCUUGUAGCUAACACAUUUAUUAUGAAUUCAAUUAAAAAAACUAAGUUUAGAUGGAGACUCGUUGAUAAUGAUGCUAAAACUUAAAUCAGAAAAACUAUUUAUUUUCUUAAACGAUCCAUUUCUGAAUAGUAUCUUAUUUAUAAUAACUUAGUCCUAACAAAAUACCAAAUUAAGUCUCUAUUUAAUUUAGAUCUUAUUAUGCUACUUAAUAAAGUGAAGAGAGGAAUCAUAUCAUAAAUCAUUUACAAUAUAUUCAUUCACCUAAUCAGUAUUAAUUUUUUGAAGAUUCUUUCUAAUGUCAUAUUAAUGGUCAAGUUCCUGAUUCCAAUUAAUUCCUAUUUAAAAAAUUAUAAUCUAUUAAAGGGAAACUUCCAAAUUCAGAAUUCACUUGUGUUAAUUCUCUAGAAGAACUUAAAUCAUAAAUCAAAUUAUAAAUUGAUCUACCAAAUUUUGAUAAUAAAUAUGAACAAGUAUUUAAAUUUAUUAUAAUUUAGUAUGAUAUACUUUAUAUGAAUACAUAAUUGAAAAUUAAAAAAUAGAGGUAGGUUAUUCACUAAAAUUAAAAAUAUUUAGAAAUACCAAACAAUGAUACAUGUAAAUAGAUUUUUUAAUCGGAAAACUAUGAAUUAAAUUAAAAAAUAUAUUUUGUCGCAACUUAAGAUCCUCUUUAUUUUGCAUAUUUUAUAGAAUUGGGAAAUCCUAUAUUAAAAUAACAAAUUCAGUAGGAUUAAGUCAGAAUAGCUAGUCAGGUUUCAUAAGUACAUAUAAUCUUUUCAUAAGGCAUUCCUUAAUAAAAACUUAAGUAGUUAUCAAUUAAUAUGGAUUGAAUAAUUUUAGAAAAAUAUUCCAAUAAAAUAGGAUCAAAAUUACCUAUAUAUUGAUUUUGCUUUGAAUUCACAAUUUUCUAUAGAACAAUCUGUAAUAAUGGAAGAUGAAACAAAAAAUUAAUAAGAAGUCUAUAAGAUUAAAUUACCUAUGUUUUGUGGAUUGUUAAAUACGAAUAUACGAACAUAAUUUGAACGUCCUUUAAUAGGAAUGAUAAUUGAAUGA